ACUCGACUCCGAAAGCGUAGAGCUAAUCUAUCGUCACCGGAAAUUCAAAUCAUUUACUAAAUGGAAUAACAAUAAAAACAUAUCAAAACAAAACAUAUGGAUUGGAUACCCUUCUGACAGUCCACUUACAGUUCAAUAAACACUCGAAGUGUUUAUAAAUACAUGCCAUUAUUGGGUCCUAAUCAAACUCUGGGCAAUUUCGGUGGCAAUUUUGUCGCCAAUCCACGAUUGCCCAAGAGUCAGUCUUUCUUUUGUCCCAGAAGGUAGCACGCGCGCGCACUAUAUUCUCUACGAUUAUAAUGAUUUAAGCUAAAUACAAACUGAAAGAACAUAUAUAAAGUAGACAUAUAUGUAGAUAGAUAGAUAGAUAGAUAUAUUAUUAAAUAGUUGUGAUAUGGGUGCAUCCAAGAAGAAGCUCGCUGAUCCACUGCGGAUACAAAUCGGUGGUGGUGGCAUCAAUGGUGACCCCAAAAAGCAGCCGCAGCCCCUCAAUCGUGUGACGACUACCAAGUACACCUGGAUGACAUUCCUGCCCCUCAACUUUUACGAACAGUUCCGCAGAGCGGUCUACUUUUACUUUCUGAUCAUCACAAUCGUCUCAUUCUUCGUGAAUGACACGAUAUCUCCGCUUGUUUCAUUGAUUCCUUUGCUGUUUGUUAUGGUCAUAACAGCCCUAAAAGAGGGCCUGGAGGACCUCUCACGUUCAAGGAGUGAUAAAAUUGUCAACACUGCCAGAGUCACCGUCAUCCGCAAUGGCCAGGAGCAGUGCAUCGACUCGGAGUUCAUUGUACCCGGCGAUCUUGUGGUUGUGACCAGCAAUGGCGACAUACCCUGCGACCUGGUGCUCCUCCAGUCAUCGCGAACAGACAACAAGUGCUUUAUUACCACAGCCAAUCUGGAUGGCGAAACGAAUCUGAAGACCAUCUUUGCCCCAACGAACUACACGCUCGCCAUGGAGGGCUGCAUUGUGUGCGAGGCGCCAACCCCGGAUCUCUACAGCUUCAAUGGACGGCUAGAGCCGGAGAGUGAUGGCCAGGCUCUUCCGUUGACGCUUGAGAAUCUGCUGUUGCGUGGCGUUCGUGUCAAGGGCACGGAGCGUAUAGUGGGCUGUGCCAUCUACACGGGAAUGCACACUAAGCUGCAGCUGAACAGCCGCUAUACGGGCAACAAGUCCGCUUCCAGCGAGAAGUACAUCAACAAAUUCAUGGUGGCUCUCAUCCUAGGCAUGAUAGUCGUUGUGGUGAUACUAUACAUGAUCGAACGGCACAAGGAGGCCAAAGUGGUGCCGACAAUGCCGUACCUGGGACCACCGCCGAACUUCAAUUCGUUCUGGCAAAUCUUCGAGGACUUCCUGUCCUUUCUGCUGCUGUUCAACUACAUGGUGCCAAUAUCCGCCUACAUGAACAUCGAGCUGUAUCGCAUAGCCGGCUCGCACUUCAUGCAAUCCGAUCUGCAUUUGUACGACGAGGAGACCGAUCAGCCCUGCCAGGUGAAUGCCUCCAAUCUGAAUGAGGAGUUGGGACAGGUCAACAUUCUGUUCUCGGACAAGACCGGCACUCUCACCAAAAACCUCAUGAACUUUCUCAAAUGCUAUGUGGCCGGCAGGGACUACCAUCUGCAGAGGACCCAGCUCUAUUCGCCAGCCUCCGAUGAGAAGUUGGAUCUGGAAAUGCUGGAGACGGAGGCCAUCAAGUUCUUUGAGGCUUUGACCAUCUGCCAUACGGUGGAACUGCUGCCGCUGUCAGGUGAAGGCUGCUCCUCCGAAGCAGGACUAUCCGAAAAGAGUAGCCUUAUGUCGACUGGCGAUGUUGUGGGCCGAUACCAGGCCUCCAGUCCCGACGAGAAGGCCCUGCUCGAGGGUUGUGCCAAUCUGGGUUUGGUUUUCGAGGGCUGCCACAGCAAUCGCCUACGCGUUCGUCGCUAUCCAAAUGGAGAGGAGCUGCAGUACGAGCGUCUUCAUGUGCUCGAAUUUAGCUCGGAACGGAAGCGUAUGAGCGUCAUUGUUCGGGAUCGGCAGGGCACCAUCUGGCUGUAUAGCAAGGGUGCCGAAAGCAUUAUCUUUCCGCGCUGCAACAGGAGUCCCGAGCUGGUUCGGACCGAUGCUCAGAUCACGGAAUAUGCUAAGCAGGGUCUGCGCACUCUGGCCGUGGCCAGACGCAUCCUCACCGAGGAGGAAUACACCAGCUUCAUGACCCAAUACAGGAAUUCAAAUAUACAGCUGGACAACAGGAAGGACCUCAUAGCGAAGUGCUACGAAACUGUGGAAAUCGGACUCGAUCUGCUUGGGGCCACUGCUUUGGAGGAUGCCCUGCAGGAUAAUGUGGGCGAGACAAUGGGUGCUUUGAGGGCUGCGGGCCUAAAGAUAUGGGUACUCACUGGCGACAAGGUGGAGACCGCCUUCAACAUUGGCCUCGCCUGCCAGCACAUAUCUCCCGAAGCACGGGUACACUAUAUGGUAAAUGUGACCGAACAACCGAAGCUACUGUCACAGCUCGGAGAAAUUGAUGCUGCCAUCGGAAAGCACUCAGAGGAUGCCCUGGUGAUUGAUGGCGUCACGGUGGCCGCCCUGCUGACACACACGCCCAACGAGUUUGCUGAUGUGGCCCUCAAAUGUGGAGCCGUACUGUGCUGCCGCUUAAGUCCGCUGCAGAAGAGCGAAAUUGUGACACUAAUCAAGCGAAGGAAGAAGAGCCACAUCACGGCGGCCAUUGGAGAUGGAGCAAACGAUGUGUCCAUGAUACAGGAGGCGCACAUUGGCAUUGGGAUCGCGGGGCGUGAGGGCAAGCAGGCGGCACGCAGUGCGGACUAUGCGAUUGCCAAGUUCGAGAUGCUACAGCGUCUGCUCCUCGUCCAUGGGCACUACAACUCGGAGCGACUGGCCUUCCUGGUGCUCUUCUACUGCUACAAGAAUAUCAUCAUCACUGGGUGCAUGGCCCUGUUCCAGGUCUACGAUCUGUAUUCGGCCACAAAUGUGUACAACUCUCUGUUUUUGUGGCUGUUCGAUAUUGUCUAUAUCUCGUUCAGUUUUACCAUUUUGGCUAUAUCCGAUAAACCGUACAGCGAGGAGACGCUUCUUAGAUAUCCAGAACUUUACAAGCAACUGUCCCAUAACAAGCAGACAUCGUGGGGUAUCUUCAGCAUGUGGAUACUCAAUGGUGCUCUCCAGUGUCUCAUUAUAUUCUACUUUGCCUAUGCCGUACUCAAUGACGACAAUGUAGUGUACAAUGUGGGGCAGACCGCUGGUUUCCAGACCUUUGGCACCAUGCUCAUAACUAUUAUUGUGAUUGUGGGCAACCUGAAGCUCCUGCUGGUGGCCCACUACAUGACCUACCUGAACUUUGCCAUUAUUUUGGCCUCCAUUGGCGCCUUUAUGCUGACAACGUACCUUUACAAUCUGCUUACUAGCUCGGAGCUCUACUUGGUCUACAAUCUGCUGCUGGGCUCUCUGCCCAUUUGGCUAUAUACGAUCAUAUGCUCGGUGACUUGUUUACUACCCGAUUUCACAAUGAAGGUCGUUAAGGACAUGCUCAGGCAACCAACGCCGCCAUCCGACAUAAAGCGAGCACCAAAUGAAUGCGACAAUCCUAAAGAUGUGAAUGUCUGAGAAACUUUUAUAAAGUAUAAUGAAUAAAAUGAAUACAAAUAAAA